UGCUUCUAAGCUUUUUACCCGAGAAGACUUUAGCAUUUGGGGUGUUGAUAUAAUGUCGUUUUCUGUUAUUCUCUCAAAGGCAGGUGCAAAGAUGGUUUUGAUCGGCUCUGAUUGGAUGACACUUUGUGGAGAGAGACAAAGCGAUGUCUGAUCCAAUCAGAGUUCUUUUUGUUCAAAGGGACAGUCACCGUUGGUCCCAAAAAUUCUUUGGAUUUAGUAGUUUUUUUCGAAGACCAAAGCACUUUGUUCAUUUUCUGCCAUAAUCUUUGAUAAAUCAUGAGUGUUGUCGAAAGAAUCAAGGAAAUCGAGUCCGAAAUGGCUCGAACCCAAAAGAAUAAGGCUACGUCUUAUCAUUUGGGUCAACUGAAGGCUAAAUUGGCCAAGUUGAAGCGAGAAAUCAUGAUGCCCAGCGGUGGCGGUGGCGGUGGCGGUGUUGGUUUCGAUGUGGCCAAGACGGGUGUCGCUCGUAUCGGUUUUGUCGGUUUCCCUUCUGUAGGAAAAUCGACGCUCAUGUCCAAGUUGACUGGUACUCAUUCCGAAGUUGGUGCUUACGAGUUCACAACCCUUACCACCGUGCCUGGUGUGGUUCAGUACAAGGGUGCUAAGCUUCAGAUUCUCGAUCUUCCCGGUAUUAUUGAAGGUGCCAAGGACGGUAAAGGUCGUGGUCGUCAGGUCAUUGCAGUGGCACGUACUUGUUCUCUUAUUUUCAUUGUGCUUGAUGUGUUGAAGCCGAUGACGGACAAGAAGAUCAUUGAAAGAGAAUUGGAAGGCUUCGGUAUUCGAUUGAACAAGAAACCUCCGGCCAUCAUUUUCAAAAAGAAGGAAAAGGGUGGCAUCAACAUGACCAACACUGUUCCCUUGACUCACAUCACUCAAGAAGAAGUCAAGGCGGUAUUGAGCGAGUACAGAAUUCACAACGCCGAUGUUUCUUUCAAAGAAGAUUCAACCAUCGAUGAUCUCAUCGAUGUUGUCGAAGGCAAUCGUAUUUAUAUCCCGUGCAUUUAUGUGCUUAACAAGAUUGAUCAGAUCUCUAUUGAGGAAUUGGAUUUGAUCUACAAGAUUCCUAAUGCCGUUCCUAUCUGUGCUCAUCAUGAAUGGAAUUUCGAUGAACUGCUGGAGACCAUGUGGAAGAAAUUGGCAUUGGUCAGAAUCUACACAAAACCCAAGGGUCAACUGCCAGAUUACGAACAGCCUGUCGUGUUGACGAGUGACAAGUGUUCAGUGGAAGAUUUUUGUCUGAGUAUUCACAAGGCUAUUAUGGAACAGUUCAAGUGUGCAUACGUUUGGGGUUCUUCUGUGAAGCAUAAUCCUCAGAAAGUGGGUAAAGAACAUAUCCUUCAGGAUGAGGAUGUUGUACAGAUUGUCAAGAAGAUUUAAAUCAUGAGGUUGAACCUCCUGAAAAGUCAAAUUAUGGACCGAAAAAGAAAAACUGAAUAAAAAAGUCUAAAAUAGAAGAAUCAUUUACGCUCAUUACAGCAUUUUCAAUCACAGAUGGAUGACAGUUGCUGGUUUAGAAGUUUUCGUGAGGUCGCCGAUCUUUACUGAACCAACAGCGGCGCUCCGAGGAUACGUUAAGAUUGAUGAAUCGAUGAUUGUGGG